AUGAAAGCAAGGAUUCUGAAAACUCAGUGGGAUACUAUUACCUGUGAUACUAUUACCUGUGAUACUAUUACCUAUGAUACUAUUACCUAUGAUACUAUUACCUGUGAUACUAUUACCUGUGAUACUAUUACCUGUGAUACUAUUACCUGUGAUACUAUUACCUGUGAUACUAUUACCUGUGAUACUAUUACCUGUGAUACUAUUACGUGUGAUACUAUUACUUGUGAUACUAUUACCUGUGAUACUAUUACCUGUGAUACUAUUACCUGUGAUACUAUUACCUGUGAUACUAUUACCUGUGAUACUAUUACCUGUGAUACUAUUACCUGUGAUACUAUUACGUGUGAUACUAUUACUUGUGAUACUAUUACCUGUGAUACUAUUACCUGUGAUACUAUUACUUGUGAUACUAUUACCUGUGAUACUAUUACCUGUGAUACUAUUACCUGUGAUACUAUUACCUGUGAUACUAUUACCUGUGAUACUAUUACCUGUGAUACUAUUACCUGUGAUACUAUUACGUGUGAUACUAUUACUUGUGAUACUAUUACCUGUGAUACUAUUACCUGUGAUACUAUUACCUGUGAUACUAUUACCUGUGAUACUAUUACCUGUGAUACUAUUACCUGUGAUACUAUUACCUGUGAUACUAUUACGUGUGAUACUAUUACUUGUGAUACUAUUACCUGUGAUACUAUUACCUGUGAUACUAUUACUUGUGAUACUAUUACCUGUGAUACUAUUACCUGUGAUACUAUUACCUGUGAUACUAUUACCUGUGAUACUAUUACCUGUGAUACUAUUACCUGUGAUACUAUUACCUGUGAUACUAUUACGUGUGAUACUAUUACUUGUGAUACUAUUACCUGUGAUACUAUUACCUGUGAUACUAUUACCUGUGAUACUAUUACCUGUGAUACUAUUACCUGUGAUACUAUUACCUGUGAUACUAUUACGUGUGAUACUAUUACUUGUGAUACUAUUGCGUACUAG